AAAAUCUUUCUGAAGCGAGUCAACUGGAGCGGUGAAAAGCCAGUAGUAGAUUUUACUGCGGUAACGUAGCUUUCUAAGAAUGGGUGUUAAUGAGUACAAGAUGAGUGAGCAUUGCGCUAAAGACGCGAACGAAAAGCUGGUUAUCGAUGACGAGCCAGGGGUUCCCAGACGCGAGAGCUGGAACAGUAAGCUCGACUUCUUUCUUGCAACACUUGGUUACAUCGUGGGAUUUGGAAACUUUUGGCGGUUCCCUUAUCUGUGCUAUCGCAGUGGAGGAGCGUCGUUCCUGUUUCCCUAUUUUCUCAUGCUGUUUGUGAUCGGGAUCCCUAUGUUCUUCAUGGAGCUGUCUGUCGGUCAGUGGUACGAGGCAGGGAUGGUCAGCGUGUGGAAGGCAGUGUGCCCUCUCGCAAGCGGACUGGGUUAUGGCACGCUACUCAUGCAGCUUCUCUCGAACAUCUAUUACAUCGUUAUCCUAGCCUGGGUCUUGUUUUACCUGUUUGACUCGUUUCGUUCGCAUGUUCCCUGGGAAUCGUGUGGUAAUUGGUGGAAUACACCAUUUUGCAGGACUCAAAGGACGGCAAGUCAGACGGUGAACUGUAGCGCGUUUGCACUACCUGUCAACUGCAGCCAGACAUUUACCUCUCCCAGUGAAGAGUACUGGACAAACCGCGUCCUGCAGAUCACCGACUCUCUCGAGGACAUGGGUGAGAUACGCUGGGAGCUGGUCGGCACUCUGAUCCUCUCCUGGGUUCUUGUCUACUUCUGUAUAUUCAAAAGCGUGCGCCUAACUGGAAAGAUCGUCUGGUUCACCGCAACCUUCCCGUACGUUGUGUUACUAAUCCUUCUUAUUCGGGGCGUCACGCUGGACGGCGCGAAAAAUGGACUUAUCUUCUAUCUCAAACCCGACUUCAAGAAGCUCGCAGACCCACAGGUGUGGGUGUACGCGGCGACUCAGAUCUACUGGUCUCUAGGAAUCGGAUUUGGAGGAAUUAUCACAUUCGGGAGCUUCAACAGCUUCAAAAACAAUGUGAACAGGGACGCAGUGACGAUUGCCUGCGCUAAUUGUGCGACUAGUUUUGUCGCUGGAUUUGCCGUAUUCAGCAUCCUUGGAUUCAUGGCUUUCGUGUUGAAAACUACUGUCGAUAAAGUGGCAGCUUCAGGCCCCGGCUUGGUGUUCAUAGCUUACCCAGAAGCCAUUUCGCAACUACCAGGGUCCGUUUUCUGGGCUAUCCUCUUCUUCACUAUGCUUGUCACUCUCGGCCUCGACACCAUGUUCGGCGCCAUUGAAGCCCUGGCAACUGGCAUCAUUGAUGAGUACCCCGCUAAACUCCGGGCCAAGAAAUGGCUCGUGCUGCUUGGCUUGUGCGUAGCCUUGGGCCUUCUUGGUCUCUCAUGCAUCACUCAGGGCGGAAUGUACGUGUUUAACCUGUUUGACUACCAGGCCGCGGGAUUAUCACUACUCUUCAUGGUUCUCCUGGAAAACGUGUACAUAGCAUGGAUCUAUGGCAUGGAUCGAUUUAGCAAUGACAUCGAGGUGAUGACCGGACAAAAGCCGUACAUUUGGGUCACGCUAUGUCUCAAAUACAUCACACCCGCCUGCAGUUCGGCCAUUAUCCUGGCGAACAUGAUAAACUGGACCGGGAUUAAAUAUGACGGCAGACCCUAUCCCGGAUGGGCGGAGGCGGUGGGAUGGGUUAUGUGUAUCUCUCCUAUGGUCAUCCCUGUUGCAGUAGCUGUCUACGUGGUGUGGCGGACUCCAGGCACUCUUAGAGAGCGCUGGAGGAUUGUGACCACCCCGGAUCAAACAACCUUGGUUAGAAUCGAGAAAAAACACGGAAUUCAUCGUAGACGAGGAAACAUGGUUGUAAAUUUAUAAACAACAUGGCCUGACCUUUUCCACCUUGUACGCAGAUGUAUCAAGAUUCAAAACAUUACUUUAAAUCGCGAGAAGUGCAGGAGGAAAAGAGUUUGUUAGGCUUAAUUAUAAACAUCAAAAUUUCCUUAAUUUGCGUUAAAAUGGGCCUUGCUAUUUAUAUUAGUAUAGUACAGGUUUUAGAUAGCGCGCCACGGUGUAGUAGCUCAGGCUAUGCAGUAGCUUGACCAGGUUUUCUUAGUAAACAAGGAUAGCGUGUCGCAAAGGCGCAUUUCAACGACAUGUCGUUGCUUAGAAUUCAUUAUUCGGCAAAAGCUCUUUUUACCCUGUGCAGUUAGCUUAGGUCUUUUUGUAUUGUAAGUACAGCUAAAUUGCCCUCUGGCUUUCGUCAUUAAACACCUUGAAAAGUUUUGAUUUCCCCUCACCGCAAUACCGUACCACUUGAGUGGUUAUAUUUUCUAUGCAAUUUGUAGUAGUAUUAUGAGGACUGACAGUUUCCUGGUAACUACCUAUGGCCUGCAAUUAUUUUCAAGCAUGCUCUCGCGCUAGGGCUUCGUGUAAAUCGAUCAAUUUUAACACUCAAAGACCAGAAAGGACUACACAAAGUGUAUUCUUCUUGAUGUCGUGGAAAUCAAUGUUGCUGAUAUCCUUGUUAAAGCCGAUCAUGCCUACGAUCUGAUCUUCACUAUUACGGUAGGUUAGCAGCUAUAAUUUAAUACAGAAUGUCAAUAGAGAAGAAAAUGUUCAUUUUGUGCCAUUAAAUUUCUGUGUAUACACAUUCACAUUCGCCUCCAAAAAAGAAAAAGAAGCAAAAACCGUCGAAAUGGGAAAAAAAUUCCUUGAAAAAAUCAUAGUCCAGUGAGAGACAGAAAACACUAAGUUUGCUUUAGUUCACUGUUGAACUAGAGCAUCAUAGCACUAACUCAUAAGGCGAGUUCCCAGGUUGGGCCGAGGGGGUGCGCUGUCAUAUGUAUCAUAUGGAAAAAGCCUAGUAUUUGAAGAUUCCUUAAUAAGAAACACAGUGGCUUUAUGCCCGACAAUCGGGAAAGAUCCUCAAUAGACAAAAUGCCUGACAGUUUUCAAAUUUAUUCAAACAACCCAGUAAAUUAUCGACCUACUAAGUUCAAAUUAUUCUAUACUUGUUGAGAAAGGGCAAGCCAAUCUAAGUUGAGCUUUGUUGUCGGUAUUGAAUGUUUUUGUUGUCUCACUAUAAAAUCGUAAUUUUAGUGACACUUAGAAAUUGUCUUGACAUGCUGCUAAAUGUCUGUAGUUUUCAAUUUUACAAAAAUAUCACGGUAAGUUGUCGACCUAAGGGGUUCAAAGUAUUGUAUAUUUGUUGGGAAAGCCCAAGCGAAUCUAAAUUGAGCUUUGUUGUCGGAAUUGAACGUUUUUACUUGAUUGUAUACGCUAAUCGUUAUCAAAGUGACACUUCAGUUUUAUCUGUAACAACUAUCAGGAAAGGUCUUCAAUGGACUAAAUGCCCGACAGAUUCCAAUUUAUUCAAAUAAACCAGUACCAAAUAAACCAGCCUAGUGAGUCCAAAUUAUCCUAUAUUUGUUUAGAAAGGGCAAGCAUGUGUCGGAAUUUAUGCUUUUCCUUUUCCUUGUACACCAUAGAAUCGCUAGUUUUGUUGAAACUUGAAUUUUAUCUGCUACAAUAAUAACAAACAGUCGGGGAUGGUGUUAAUAGUGUAUACAAAAGAGCAAGUUAAAACAUUCAAUGCCGACAAAUAAAAAGCUCAAUUUAGAUAAGCUUGACCUUUCUUAACUAUUGUAUAAUACUUUGAACUCACAAGGUUGACAAUUUACAGUGAUAUUUUAGCAAGUUGAGAACUACCGACAUUUAGCAGCAUACUGUUAACUGUAGAAAAACCGCGGUGAUCAUAGUUCCUAGGUCUUAAUUCCUCAGUUCCUAGUCAGUUCCUAAUCGGGGUCAAGGAAGUACUUUAAAAAAAUGCUAAAAUGGUAAAAAUACCUCAUUUACUGAGUGAAAUCAGCUAGCAUCGAUAUAAAGGCAUUAUAAAUAUGGUUUAUAAAGCUAUUUACAGCAACUUUUUGUAAUUUUUGUGGAUUCUAGACUAAUGAGUAAAGUCUAGACAUUGACUA